GACCAGUGGAAGCAGUGACAAACCAAGACAAACACAACGGUAAGGGUCAAAGGCAGGUUUACUUGAAGUUUUCGAGGAGGUUUGUUUUGCAGCGAAGAAGAAAGGCGCGCAAAGAUCAGCGUCGAAACACUCGCAAUUGGAGAAGCGAGAGAAGUGAAGGGAGGCUGUGGCAGCACGACGUACUGGCAGUCGUGGCUUCCCACUGUUGAUCUUGUGGAAGAAAAAGCGGUUCACUGUGGAAGCGAGGGAGAUUAGCGCGUUAUUAUCUAGCCGUUGACGACCAGUUAGCUUUGGAGGCAAGGUAGUCGGGCGUCGGAUGUUUGUUUGAGGACCAUUGGUUUGUACAGCAGCAGGAACGCAAUUCUCAGAGAGCAUCGCACCCGAGGCCCGGGCGAACAGAACAAGGGGGGUCGCCAUGUCGAUGUCAAAGAGCAGCAAGCUGCUGCACCACAUAAAUUACAGGAUGCGGGUCACAUUGCAGGACGGGCGGCAGCUGGUGGGAAAGUUCAUGGCGUUUGACAAGCACAUGAACCUGGUGCUGGGGGAUUGUGAAGAAUUCAGAAAAUUGCCUCAGAAGAAGGGCAAAUCUGCAGAGGACAGGGAGGAGAGGAGGACGCUGGGGCUCUUGUUGCUUAGAGGAGAGGAAGUCGUGUCACUGACUGUAGAAGGCCCGCCGCCGCAAGAGGAGUCGCGAGCGAAGGCAAUGGCCGCUUCCGGAGGUCCAGGAGUGGGUAGGGCGGCAGGCAGGGGUAUUCCGACUGCCCCCCUGGGUCAAGCCGCGCCGGGUUUAGCGGGGCCAGUUCGUGGGGUGGGGGGCCCAGCGGCAGCAAUGAUGCAACCCCAGGGACGGGGGAUUGCAGCAGCAGCAGCCCCAGUGUCAUACGGAGCCCCCGGUCAGAUGCCCCCCGGACAGAGGCCCCCAGGCACGAUGCCGCCGCCGCCAGGGGUCGCUCCCGCCGCUGGUGUCUACCGUCCUCCGCCAGGUGCUCCUCCUCCCGGCUAUCGACCUCCCACAGGUGCUCCUCCCCCUGGCGCCCCCCCCGUUGGCUUCCGCCCCCCUCCUGGAGCCAUGCCGCCAGGUGUUCGUCCCGGGGGCCCGCCCCAAGCCCCUCCCGGUGCUUUCCGACCCCCCCAGGGCCCCCCCGGGCAGAGGCCCCAGUUUGCCCCGCCCCCGGGGGCUCGUCCUGGUGGACCUCCGCCCCCCGGAUACAGGCCACCGUACCCCGGCCCCCCUCCUCCGGGCUGGAGACCGCCUCCCCAGCAAUAGUUUGGUCAUUUGCUGGGUCAGGUAGUUGUCAGCGCGUACAGGGUGGAGCUAUAGUCGAAGGGGCCUGCUUAGGAAGGUGACAAAGGCGUUUCACGAGGUUGUGUGCAGAAGAAGCGUGCACGAGAUCAUGAAGUGUCAACUGCAAUGCGAAAAUGAUGAUUACAGCUGCCGUUGCUCACUGUCGAACCAGUGCUGUGUCAUGCAUGACCGUAUGCUCACUAAAGAUUGCCUUUUGCAUUUAGACCA